AUGAAUGAAGUCCAGCAAGUCGCAGUGAAGUAUUUAAAUCGUAAUAAUGAUAUUGAAGACGUUGAGAGGUUCUUGAAAGAAGGUAUAUUGAUGAAGGAUUUCAACCAUAAUAAUGUGUUAAGUUUACUGGGUGUGUGUAUCGAUGACAGUAAUCGGGUCUGUAUUGUCCUACCUUACAUGGCUUUGGGGGAUCUGAAGUCCUACAUAUCAAAUCCUGAACAAGAACUCACUGUUAGAAAAGUUUUGAAAUACGGGUCACAUGUGGCACAAGGAAUGGCUUACUUGGCGUCUCAGAAGUACGUCCAUCGUGAUUUAGCUGCAAGAAAUUGUAUGCUUGACGAAUCGGAGACUGUGAAAGUUUCAGAUUUCGGUCUUUCGCGUGAUAUUUAUGCACGUGAAUAUUACGUUCUUGGAGACACUAAACAUAGACGAUUGCCAAUACGGUGGAUGGCAGUAGAGAGCAUUAAAUACAAUCGCUACACUACGAAGUCUGAUGUGUGGUCAUUUGGCGUGUUUCUAUGGGAACUGUUGACUAGAGGUGAACUACCAUACUCAAAUAUAAAUAAUAUGUAUAUCCCGAGAUACCUUGAAAAUGGACACAGAUUGCCACAACCACCCUCCGCAAAUAAUGAAAUAUACCAGCUAAUGAUGAAAUGUUGGCAUGGAGACGCAUCAAAUCGACCUACAUUCGACAUAUUGAGUAAAGAGUUGCAGGCUGUUUUGAAAAAAUGUGACAAUAUGAGUGAUGGGGAUGAAAACGACUAUUUAUAUCCAAUUCAGACUAUAUAA